AUGGAGGACCAAGAAUCUUCUGGCAGCAACAGCUUUGUGAGUGGCACUUCUCAUUCUCAACAGCAUCACUGGGGCUUGUCUUCUUCUUCUUGGGAACCGAAUUCAGCUGAUUCCACCGAUAGCUGGACCUCAAGAUCCAACACCAGAGAGGAGGGUCCCAAUCACAGAAUAACUCCGCUGAGUUUAGAUGUGGAUGAAGCUGCCAGAAGGAGAUUGAGUGGGAGAAAGAGAGACUCUGAUGACCAUAACCAGCGGAGCGGUGGGAUUGGACGUGGCAGGCUCGCUGCAACUAACACUAAAGGGCUUCACACAAUUCCAGGUGUUGCAGCUGCAGCAUCCAUGUAA